AAAAAAUCCUACUCAUGGAUGUACCGCAUUGGUCACAAUGUCCUACUACAACCAGAGUUAAUAAAAUGGAUAUUUAUUGUACCUCAGUUACAAACCAUAAAGCAACAUCCCUGACCAUUGACACAUUUCUGUCAUCUCACAACAUAUUACCCAUAUCACACAUUACCCAACCCUGUUCUUUUCCCUUCAAAAAGUACUACUUUACAUCACUCAGAUAUAUUUUACAAAAGAGAUUUGUUUUUUAUCAUUAUGGCAAACCCUUUUCCCAUUAAGGUAUACUGGGAUAAUCCGCAAUCCAGCAGCACUCACUUAUUCAGCAAUCAAAACACAGGUGGUGAGUCCCAACAACAACAAUCUACAUGUGCACACAUACACAUAAACCAGUCAUACGCACUGGAUUAAGGGUCAUUGUUAAGCCGCGUCUGGUCAGGGUGUGAGUGUGUGUGCAUGUUUGCGUCCCUUAAACCCUUUAGCCGAGUUCUAAAGUAGCUUAGCAGGUUGCGUUCCUUGGUCCAGCCUACAGUUGGAGCAGUGGUUUGUUGUUACCGUGUUGACAUGAGCGAUGGGUCGCUGCACUCUCAACCGCCGCCAAAACUUUUGGAUGUUUUCUCACACACUGAAGACAGGACUUAGGGGUGGAUUAUCGUCUGUAUAGCAGCAAACAGGAACCGUGUGGUUGCCUUCGUUGUUCUGAUCUCAAAUCCCAGUGCUCCAUCCCGCCGUAAUCCUGCCUACAUGACCAGCCGUAGUCUUACCUACUGACUGCUGAAGGAUGCAACCUGUCCUGGUCCCCUGAGGGCAGCAGGACGGCCGGGCGUCGGGUGGCAGGGAGGGGGCUGAGGGCUGCCCUCACCGGGCGCCCAAGAACCCCUCCAAUCAAGAAGGGGAGCUCGCUCUCAGACGACGAUGAGCGGAUGUCAGUGGGAAGCCGGGGCAGCGUCCGGUCGGAUCUUGAUGCAGUUGGGGCUUAUGGCGGAGGGGACUCCUCGUCACAUAAGAAGUCAAAGAAAAAGAAGAAACAUAAGCACAAAGAUAGGAACGGCUGUGAUGAUGAUUACAGUGUAAUAUCCAGCAGGAGCUCCAGACUCAGUGAUGAAAGCCGAGUGUCUCGCGCCUCCAGGCUAGACCUAACGAGCUCCAGACUAAGUGAUGACACCCGGGUGUCCCGGGCCUCCAGAUUAGACCUGCAGCCGGCGUCUUAUGCUUCCUCUGACUUGUACGGCUUCAAUGGUCUGUCCACUUCCAGAAAACCAGGUUCAACUUUCAAUGGUUACCAGAGCGCCUUGUAUGAAGACUGCAGCGGGUCCCAGCGAGUUUCCAGCUCUCAUCCUCUAGAGUACACUAGUUAUCGCAGCUCCGGCUCCAGAGUUUCCUCCAGGGCCGGUUCGGCCCGCGCCAGCCCAGUGGACAACUGCAGCUCUGUUGCCAGUUUUUUGAGGAGUGCGGCCAAUAGCAGUGGCCUCCACCGAGACCUGGACGAUGUUACUAUUCCUGACUUUUCUGAUGUGGAGGACAGAGAUUAUCUGGAGAAGGGAUCUCGAGCAGCUUCUGCUUUAACAGCAGCAACCCUCCCCUCCUUAGGCGGGACGUCCUCGCGGAGAGGAAGCGGCGAGACGGCUAUAACUGUAGAUGCAGAGACGUCUAUACGAGAAAUCAAGGAGAUUCAUGAACUGAAGGAUCAGAUUCAAGAUGUGGAAACCAAGUACACGCAGAACCUAAAAGAAGUCAAGGAUGUAUUAGUAGAAGUGGAGGAGAAGUACCGUAAGGCCAUGGUGUCCAACGCCCAGUUGGACAACGAGAAGAACAACCUGAUGUACCAGGUGGACACGCUGAAAGACUCGCUCAUGGAGCUGGAGGAACUGCUGUCUGAGUCGCGCCGCGGAUAUGAGGAGAAAGUCAAGGAAUACGAGCGAGAGAAACAUGCCCACUCUGUGCUUCAGUUCCAGUUCAAUGAAAUGAAAGAGACGCUAAAACAAAGUGAAGAGCUGCUCAACGACAUCCGUCAGCUGCGUAUGAAACAGGAAGGUUUUGUUAGAGAAAUAUCUGACCUGCAGGAAACGGUGGAGUGGAAGGAUAAAAAGAUUGGGGCCUUAGAGCGACAGAAAGAAUACACAGAUGCAAUCCGAAUUGAGCGAGAUGAGCUCAGAGAAGAGGUGGUGCAGCUGAGAGACAUUUUGAAGAAACAUGGAAUAGUAUUGGGACCUGAUCUAAACAUCAAUGGAGAGGUUGGUGAGGCAGAAGUGGACGGGUCCCCCAGUGCAGACGCUGCUUCCCAACCGGCUCAGGAUUCACAGGCUUCCCCAGCGGAGGGGAACAGCAUGCUCGGCAACACAGAGGAGACUCAGUUGAGAAGUAGCAGAGAGGAAGAGGUGGAUCCAGAGCGGCAUCAAGAAAUGUUUGAAGAAGCCAAAGAGAAUUGCUUGAGCACUGAUAAUCUCUGUAAUGUUGCUGGUGUUUCCACCCUGGAAACAUCUAGCGAAGAACAGCCAACAGAAGAACAGACGUGCUUAGAAGAAGACAAGAAAAAUGCCACAGAAGAAGACACUGUUGAAGAACGUGGCCUCAGCAAGAACUCAAAUGUUGACAUUAAUGACCGAUCAAUCACAGAGGCCAAAGAUAUAAUCAUUUGCAGCCCUGGGCUUCAAGGGAUUGUAACAAGUUCUGAGAAAAAUGUUCCAGAGAAAGAAAGGCCUGCAGGGGGAGAUUUAGGGGAGACAGAAACCAAAAGCAGUAGUGUUGACACCAAGAGCGAUGACAUUAGAGAGUCAUCUAACAACCUUUUUGAAGAGGGAGAAAACAAACAGGAAGAUGUUGAGGAAAGUCAUUUGAGAAAUACAGAGCCAUGUCCUCAGCAAAUAAUCGUUAUGACGGAAAGUUUACCGGAUCAGUGCGUCCGAGCUGUGGAAAACACCGAACCUCAACCAAAACCUGAUAAUGCAGAAGAUGCAGAGAACGACGAGGCAGGGGAAAUAUCAAGUAAAACUCAGCCUCAGUGCGCUGCUGCUUCAGGGAAAAAGAAGAAAAGGAAGAGGAAAAGCAAAAAGAAAGGAGGAACUCAUGAGGAUACGAACCAACAAAAAGAUGUAACCGAUAAAGAAAGUGACAAAACCGAAAUAGACAUUGAAUCGGCUACAAGAGAGAAAGGGCCAACGGCAGAACCUAAAGUUGAUGGUUCUGUUACUGAAACCCUUAGGGGAUCAGGGGUGGAUCAAGUGAAGAAUGAGCAGCACAUGCAAGAAACUGAGGAGGUAGAUGGAGUAAAAGCAGUGAAACCCACUGAAACCUUUUCUCCCAAUGAAACUCUCAAAGAAUCAAGAAUGGAUGAUGUUACAGAUGGGCACGGCAAGGAACAAACUUUGGGAACUGAGAACGUAGGAGAAGCUGAAGCUGUGGCGACUACUGAAACCUUUUCGCCCAAUGAAACUCUCAAAGAAUCAAGAAUGGAUGAUGUUACAGAUGAACAGAACAAGGAACCAGGUCUGGAAGCUGAAACAGUGGAGGCAGUGGCACCCAUUGAAACCUUUUCUCACGUUGAAACUCUCAAGGAAACCACAGCAGAUCUCAGAAAGGAUGAGCAAGACAAGAAACAAACUUUAGAAUUAGAGAAAGUAGAUGAAGUGGGGUCUAUAACAACUCCUGUUCCAGAGAUGGACCUCAGUACUGAUCUUAUUGACAACUCCAAAGGUGCAGAGAGCUCUGAUGAUCUUGACAAAGAGUGCGCUUUCAGUAAAGAUAACUCUAAAAGUGAAACAAACAUCUCAACUAAUGACGAUGUCAUCCUUACUGAAUUAGAAAAUAUUAAUAGUGCAGAGGAUAAAGUUGGACCUAUUGACGAGAUGAAAUCUGAAUGCUCAACUAAUAACCCCGAAAACACCUUUGAAACAAGCGGUAAUGUUUCAAGCAAUGGUGACUUUGCUGCUGAGGACUCUGAAUCCACCAGCAUUGCUGAGAGUAAGGAGAACAUGUCUGUGUCCCUGUCUUCUACUGAUGGCUUCACCGACGCUCUCAUAAGCUUGUCUGGCUCAGACCUGUCUGCAGCCGUGAACUCAGGCAGCGAUGGCACUCCCAUCAAGGUUUCUGAGGGAGGUCCCAAGGAGACAACUGAGACAGCCAAAGACGACGAUGAGUCAGGAACAGAGAAUGAACAAGAAUCCUUUUCGCCCAGUGUCAUUUCUUCAGCGCUAAAAGCAGACCGAACAGAAAAGGAGGAGCUAAAUGAAGGCUUGAGGGAAGCUGAAGGUUUAAUCAAGCCAGACAGCUCACAUGACGAAAAAAGUGACAGUUGUGACAGUGCAUCUUCAACAAAAAAAACUGAAGCAUUUGACACUGUCAAGAGUCCGCUGCAGACUGUAGCGCAGGCCGAACUAUUGGAUGAUGUAGAAAGCCAGACAUUACAGUGUGAGGGUCAGGUUGAUGACUCAAAUGUUGAAGUGGCCUCUGAGUCAGAAGAGAUCAAUACCAUUGACAUGUUAAAUACACUAGCCUCUCGAAAAGAAGCUACUGAAAUUGGGUCCUCUCCCGAGCAGAACCACAGUACUGAAGCUGUUGCGGAAGAUCCUGAACAUGAAAACAGUCAAAAUGAUGAGCAGAGUGAGACACAGCGACUGCCUGAACCCAGCAAAGACAAGUCUGAGGAUAAUGAUUCAUCUCAACCCACCCUGCAGGGGAGCGAUGAAGACAACGGUGAAGAUGACGAAGGCCUGUCUUUUGAUUUUGAUGACAUGGAUGUCGAGGCGGCUGUAGCGACAAGUCUCUCUAAAAAUCCGGAACAGGAAGAAGUUGAGGAGGGAGUUGAAGUCAUGUCUGAUGAAAGCAGCAAUGGAAUUUCAGUCCAAAGUAAAACGGAGUCCAAUGAAAAAUCACAAGAAGAGCCAGUUGAAAGAAAUGACGAGACGUGUACAGUUGAUGGCGGCAACAAGGUACAUGAACCAGAUACUAUGCCUCGAGACAACCAAAACUCUUUGGCUCAUGAGGACAACACGUCUGAAAAGGGGGAACAUGUGGAAAAUGUGUGUGAAAAGCAGAAACCCAUGCCUGGGGAAGAAGCAGAUGUAGCAGAUGAGCCCAGGCACAUUAUAGAGGAAGGAAAGGUUUUGGAUGUUGGAGAGUUGGGUGUGGUUGCAGAGGACAUUAACCAGGCGAUGUCUCUACCCAUAGAGGAAGGGUUAGAUGCCAUUAAGCAUGAGUUGCAGGGUGAAAAUUUGGAAUUACCAAAGCAUGUAGAACAAGUGGCCAGCAACAAAGAGCCACAGCAGACAGGGAAAGAUGUGAAGAAAAUCAGCAAGAAAGGUAAAGGCAAGGGCAAGGAGGAGUGCAAGAUGUCUUAGCUUAUAGAUGGUAUAUAGUAUAGAUAUAUAUUAUUAGAUCUGCUCUCUACUAGUUUUUACUUAGCUUAGUUUACAAAGUGGUCAAAUAAAUAUGUGCAGAACCUCACAGCACUUUGAUUCUUUCCCAAAUGAAUAUUGGUGUAAGUUUGUAUAUUAUUUUAAUUAAAUCCAUCCAACAGUCUAAGGUCCAAACAUUAAUUUUCAUUGAGGUCAUAUGUGUAAAAAAUAGUUUGUGGAGAGAUGAGGAUGUAAACUGCUUGGUAUUUUUUUUUUUUUUCUUUCUUUCUAUUGGAAAAUACUGUACUUGCUAUAUCAGGUAACAUUAUUUUGUUAUUGAUGCACAUUGAUCAUGCUGCUUGUUAUGUCUCAUGGGUAAUAUUGCUCUGCACCUGUAUCACACAUUUUCUCAUGCUACAAUUCCAGGAUCUCAUUGAUUAAUUUCAUAGGUUCAAAAUAAAAAACAGAUGUUAAUUGGUAAUUCUCAUUAAGGCCCAGUCCACAUGAAUACAGGUAUCCCGUCCACACAAGCACUUUAAAAGAAAAAAAAAAAAGAUUUCUGUCCAAAUGAAAAUGCAGUUGAAGUGCUUUUAAGAGCAUGCCAAACCAACAGGCGGCAAUAUGACCCUAACCCUAAAGCCAUGUCAGCCAAUCGGAGGCUUCAAAAAAGCUAUUACUGUAAGGCUGCACCAACACCUCUGUUUCUCAAUAUAGUGGAAUAGUAACUGUACAUUUAUGUGUAAGCAUGUAAAAAGUCCUGUUAGCAAGGUAAGAACAGGACUAUUUUGGCUAUUAUGUCUGCCAUUGCGCGAAAUGUUGCCUCAUUUGUGACACCACAGAAAGAAGAUAACGAUACACACUGACAUUGGAGGAGUUUUUCAAAAGCUCUGUUUUCAGUGACCUAAAAUGCAGUAUGCGUGUGGACGAAAGGCCAAAACAAAUAGAAAAGGCUAUGCUUAAAAAAAAAUACCGGUGUACAUGUGGACAAGGCCUAAGACCAGCAAAAGGUUGUUACAUGUUCAAGCUGUAAUGUUGAUGGUUAAAAUGAAAAAUGUUUGGAGACCCUGUUCUAUUAUCUGGGAUUAAUACAGCUGUCGUUUGACUUAAACAAAGCCAUUUCCAUCUAUAAGAAUGAAAUGUAUGAUAAAUGUAUGUUUGCAUUUUGUUGCACCUAAUGGAAAAGAUGAAUGUGGUGUGUGUCCACACUGAAAUGCCAAUAAAUACCCUGCUGUUACCAAUUUAAAA